AUGAAUGCACUGAUUCCGCCAAUCCAGUCUGCGCACCCAUCCGCCGCCGCGGUGCGGAGGGAGGGCUUUCGAACCUUCGGCGGGAUCCUUCGAUGGAAUGGAAGGCAUUACUACCUGUUGUUAAGUUCACUUUUUGCACAAAGGCGUUUUGAAGACGUUCAACGUGUGUGGACGGUCAUGAAAGCGAUUGGCUUUGUUGAUUUUCAUAUGGACGAGCGAAAUAUUAAUUCUCUUAUCGCUUUGAUUCGGCGCAGCAGUGAACGAGAUGCAGAAACAAAGCCGCAUUCUGAUGAGAACCUAGUGGUUGCGAGACUUGAAGAGGAAAAAGCUCUGCGGCGGCGACUCGUGAUCGAUCUAGAAACCAUCGCGAAGAAGAAGGGUUUUUCUCUUCAAAGCAAUAAUCAGCGGGCUGCGCAGCUGGCGCGUGUCGCGGAGUCCGUGCAUGGGUCAUCAUCACUUCCCCACGCAUUCUCGGCCAAUGAGCUAGCCAAAGGGGAGGUUGGAGGCGACAAUCUACUCGAUGAUCUUUACAAGGACGAUAAGGAUAGGGCUACCAACAACCGUGACUCGUUGAAAGUUGGGGAUUUCAAUAGCCUGCUUCGCGUGGCGCGGUCCUUAGAUGAGACGCAACGAACUUUAGACGUCAUGGAAAAGAUAGGAAUUUCGAAGUGUGCUGAGACUUAUGCAAGCCUCAUUGCAUCCUUGCAUAAUCCAGAUUACCGCUUGAAUAAUUAUUCUCCAAAUCUAGAGGUCCCCAAAGACAUGGGUGACGGAAAGGCAAAAUACGAAGACUACAAAAAUCAAAGGAUUGCCCAGGCCAAAAUAUGGUUCGAGGCUUGCCCAGCUGCCCAACGCACUGCUGAUGUGUAUAAUGAGAUGCUCUACCUUUUACGUGAUAAGAGUCGUGUGAAUGAGUUUAACACCUUACUGGCAGAGUACCGUGGAAACACGCUUCACGAAAGCGAGGCUGUGCAAAAUAACGCGGAAGGAACACUCGCCGUCCAAACAUCACAAGUGCCCACACUCGUGCAGGAUGGCGGCUCGAUCCUUCCCCCGCAAUGGCGUGUAUCGCCAAACGUUAAAACCUACGAGCUCCUGAUUCAACAUGCAGGUUACAUGCAGGACUGGCAAGCUUUUUGGGAACUUCAUGAAGAAAUGCAUCAGCAAAAUAUCAGAGGCUCAUCUCGUCUAUAUCGCCUUUUGCUUAAAGAGGUCAGUCAGCAUCCUCCGCAGGAGGUGGAGCGUGUCGUCGGGGGUAUCUCGGCCUUUAUCCUCAAGUUAAGCGAGCAGAUGCAGCGCGACGGGUUGGAUAUCAUGUCUCUAGAAGAGGGAAUGAGUUUAGUGAAUGCGUGGAGCGCCUCCCGCAAGAGCACUUAG